CUCAUCGAUCAAUACUGUUUAUAGUAAUUUGUCGUGAUGUAUGCGUGCACUUAUCUUCACCCAUCAGCCUACUGUUAUGGAUAACAUCGUAUGCAGCACUUUACAAGAAAGGAAGUUUGAGGGUGUAAUGGAGAUUUCUAUACUAAAAGCUUUCAAUUCGCCCAGUAUGUUUAGAAUGAGAAGAAAGUGCCACUACCGGCUGCCUCUGUGCACCAGGUGCUCAAUAAUCAAGAUAGUGCCUCACAACAAGAUGAUCUUUGGGACAUAUGAGAGGGAAAUAUGGUGCUGCCAUGUCACCGGAGACCUCCAUUCUCACGACGCACCAAUUGAUAUGAUCGAAGGAAUGUUAUGCUAUGGUGAAUGAACAUGUUACAAUAAGAUUGAACAAGCACCCCUGUGAGCAUGGAGCAAAGAGGAACCAUGGUACACCAUAUGCCCUCCUUAUUGGAAAGAGGGCUCCGCUGGAAAUUCUGAUGUGUAUGGUUAGUCAUCGCAUCAUUUUUUUCCUUCGUAAUUUGUAAUUCUGAUAUGCUGCUAUAAAUCAGUCUAUAACUCCACACUGUAUCAUUUGCCCACCAUAAUAUAUACUCUGGUUCUUUUUUGUUAAUCCUGUAGCAGGUAAGAUGGCCUUUCAGGUUUGUAAGUGGCCUGUAAGUUGUGCUUUGAGCAAGAAGAGCAGUGAAGAGCUAUAUGUAGUGUGUAGAAUAGUAGGCGAUGGAUGAUUGGAUUGCAUUGCUGUGUAUGUUGGUCUUAUUGAGCUCAAGAAUAUAUUACUUUUUACGAAAUUUUGCAGUCACACCUUAAUGUAUGAAUAUUGCUUUCUG